GCCCCACCUGGAGCCAGCACCCUUCAUCAGCCCAGAAGCCACCUUCUUGCAGAGCUGGCUGCUAGCAACCCCUCGUCGGGGGCUUCACCCCCGACCCAGACGAGCACCAUCACCCUGGGGGACCUGGGGCUCCCACUCGAGGAAGGACUGGCCAGUCCCGAGCUCUUGAGUCUGGAGGAGAUCUCCGAGAGGUAUGAGUCCAGCCACCUGGCGUCCACCACCUCCAUCCCGGAGCGGGACUCCCCCAAGCACUGGACGCAGCUGGAGCAGUGGGUGGCCGACCUGCAGGCCGAGGUGGUGUCUCUGCGGGGGCACAAGGACUGCUGCGAGCGAACCAUGCUGAGCCUGCUUCGGGAGAUGCUCCAGCUGCGCACCUGCAUGCAGCUGCAAGACGCAGAGCUAAAGAGGCUGCAGCAGGACCUGCGGCAGGCGGCUCGGGCCCCAGAGAAGGAGGCCCUUGAGUUCCCCAGCCCCCAGAGCCAGAACCAGAUGCAGGCCCUGGACAAGAGGCUGGUGGAGGUCCGGGAGGCCCUGACCCAGAUCCGGAGGAAGCAGGCGCUCCAGGACUCUGAGCGGAAGGACACUGAGCAGGAGGCCGACCUCAGGCUGGCUGAGCUGGCCGGGAAGCUGGAGCAGGAGGGACAGUUCCGGGAAGCGGCCUGCAGUGCCCUGCAGAAGAGCCAGGAGGACGUGAGCCAGAGGGUGGACCGUGAGGUGGCCAAGAUGCAGGCCCAGGUGACCAAGCUCUGUGAGGAGAUGAACCUCCGCUUCCUCAAGAGGGAGGCCAAACUGUGUGGCUUCCUGCAGAAGAGCUUCCUGGCCCUGGAGAAGAGAAUGAAGGCGUCUGAGAGCACCCGGCUGAAGGCGGAGAGCAGCCUGCGGGGUGAGCUGGAGAGCCGGUGGCAGAGGCUGCAGGAGCGGGCCGAGGAGCGCGUGCAGGCCCUGCAGGGGCAGCACGAGGAAGAAUGCCGCCUCCUGGAGCAGUGCCGGGGCCUGGACCAGGCCGUGAUCCAGCUGACCAAGUUCGUGCGGCAGAACCAGGUGUCGCUGAACCGGAUCCUCCUGGCCGAGCAGAAGGCCUGGGACAGCAAGGGGCACCUGGAGGAGAGCCGGGCCGGGGAGCUGGCCGCCUUCCUGCAGGAGAGCCUGGAGGCUGGCCAGCUGGCCCAGCAGGAGGCCCACAGCACGCUAGAGCUGCUCCGAGAGAAGAGCCAGGCCCUGGAGGUGUCGCUGGCCGAGCUGGGGAAGCAGGUGAAGGACCUGAGUGACCACUUCGUGGCCCUGAGCUGGAGACUGGAUCUGCAGGAGCAGACGCUGAGUCUGCGGCUGAGUGAGGCACAGAGAAAGUGGGAAGGCUCGGAGCAGGAAUCGCUGGAGGGCCUGGCCCAGUGUCAGAAGGAGGCCGAGGCGCGCCUGAGGGGGGUGCGGGAGCGAGUGGACAGCCUGGCCCGGCAGAUAGAGGCCGUCUCUGACAAGUGCAUCCUGCACAAGAGCGACUCAGACCUCAAGAUCUCAGCUGAGGGCAGAGCCAGAGAGUUCGAGGUCGGGGCUGUGCGGCAGGAACUCGCCGCUCUGCUGUCGUCCAUGCAGCUGCUCAGGGAGGGCAACCCCGGGCGGAAGAUCGCCGAGAUCCAGGGCAAGCUGGCCACGUUCCAGAACCAAAUAAUGAAAUUGGAAAACAGCAUGCAGGACAACAAGACCAUCCAGAACCUCAAGUUUAAUACAGAAACCAAGCUGCGCAUGGAGGAGACCGCCAGCCUGCGUGAGAGCAUCAUGCGCCUACGGAGUGAGGAGGGCCCGUGGGCUCUGCGGCUGGGCAGCAGGAGGGUCCUCAUGUCCCUGGGGAAGCAGCAGUUCUUCAUCAAGGACGCGGGGCCCGGAGAGGUGGUCCCCGUGAACCGCUGGGGCAUGUAUCAGGCCGUGAGGUGGCUGCAGUGGAAGGCGGCUCUCAUGAACCUGGGGGCCCAGCGGAGGCCACACGCAUUCCUGGAGAAGUCCUUUCGCCAAGAGGCUGCCCGACAGGUCCCAUCCUUGCCCCUUUCCCAGAAAUAAAUGUGCCGGUUCCUGUACCUGUCAGCGUCCCGAGCUCCUUCCUAGGAGCCCAGCUGCCCCAGGCCUGGCACCUUCCUGGGCCGUCCUGCCCUCAACUGCAGCAUCCUGGAGCCCCACCCACUCCUUGCAGGCCCCCAGAGGGCCAGCUGGCCUGGCGUGGGGUCCCGUGCCCUUCACACCUGCGCCCUGGCCAGCAAAGGAAGUAGCUCUUCCUGCCCUAAUCUAGGGAGCAAACAGCGUGUUUGCUCACACACUCAGGCAGCACCCCUUCUUCCUGCCUCCAAGAAAACCCUGCUCAUCCCACAGUAGCUGGUCUUGCCACCUACCAUGGGGCCUGGGGGACAGGCAGCCCUAGCACCAGCCAGCCGGGUGGCUGCCGACCUGGGAUCUCAGGACUGGUCUGGAUGGCCAGUGGGCCUCGCCCAGAGUGGGGCACAGUGUGCAGACCGCCUGAGCCCAGGGCCUCCCCUCCUGGGGGCAGCGUGCCUGGGACGGCAGCUCCUGCCCAUUCCCUGCCCAGGUGGCCUCUGGCGGUGGUGGCAGCUCUGGGCCGCAGGAGGAGCCUGGCCUGUCCUCCUGGGCCUGGGAAGUCCCUCCCUGAGCUGGCUGGUUGACGGCCCCUGGGGCUCCGACAGAGAGAACAGUGACAGGCCUCCCUCCUUAAGGAAAGGCAAAGCUGCCAACCCGCUCACCCCCACGGACCCUGGCCCACUGGCUAGGCCUCGGCCAGCUGUACCCCGUCC